AGUUUAUCUGUUGAGAGAGGGAGAAGCCAGGGAGAGAGAAAGACAGGGAGUUAUUAGUUUACCUGUUGAGAGAGGGAGAAGCCAGGGAGAGAGAGUUAAUAUGCCUGAUCCACCUUCUAUUAGUCGUUAAUGUCUGGCAUCUUGUGACGUUCUCGUGACAAUUUAAACCACUGUCUUGUAAUGUUAAAUCAACUGUUCAUGUUUCAUGUGUCUCUUCUAGUUGUUGUCAUUCUAUAAUCCCAGAGUUUCAUUUUGGGGCGGAGCUUUGUGUCUGAGAGCCAACCACACAGAGCAGAAUCAGGUCAGUCUGCUGGAGAGGACCUGAAAAAAACCAGGCACAGAGCACAGCAGGAGGAUAGUUGACUGACUGAACAAGCAGCAUGUCUAAACCAUCGUCCAACGUCAAAGCCCUGCAGGCAAAUCUAAAUAUUCCGAUGGGAGCGCUGCGUCCAGGGGCGGGACAUCCUGUCAAGAGGAGAGAGGAUACUGUAGACACAGAGGAGGCUCCUCCCCCAGACCCCCUGCAGGAAGCCACGGCCCUGUCGCCAGAGGAGAAGAAGCCAUUGCCAGGAUCGAUGAAGCUUCCUGGUCCAGCAGUCAACCUAUCAGAGCUGCAGAACGUCAAGAGUGAACUACGAUGGGUCACCAAGGACUAACACACACACUGGUACAGACACACACUGCGGUGUUUCCCAACUUCUCCUCCAGUACUGAAUCAGGUGUGCUUGUCCAGGGAUACAAUAAAAUGUGUACUGUUGGGGAUACUCAAGGAGUACUACAGGUUUCUCAUCAGACCCACACCCACCCUGCAUCUUCUACUGUUGGACUACAACUACCACACCCACCCUGCAUCUUCUUCUGAUGGACUACAACUACCACACCCACCCUGCAUCUUCUUCUGAUGAACUACAACUACCACACCCACCCUGCAUCUUCUUCUGAUGAACUACAAAUACCAGACCCACCGUAAAUCAUCAACUGAUAGACGACAACUAUACCAGACUACACCUAACCCUAUCAGCUACAGACAACUAUACCAGACUACACCUAACCCUAUCAGCUACAGACAACGAUACCAGACUACACCUAACCCUAUCAGCUACAGACAACUAUACCAGUCUACACCUAAUCCUAUCAGCUACAGACAACUAUACCAGACUACACCUAACCCUAUCAGCUACAGACAACGAUAGCAGACUACACCUAAUCCUAUCAGCUACAGACAACUAUACCAGACUACACCUAAUCCUAUCAGCUACAGACAACUAUACCAGACGAGUGACCUGCAAUAGGCCAUCUACUUCAACAAACCCAUAACUGGUUUAAUUUCCCAUGCAGUGAAGUUAGGGUUAGGGAUAGACUGAAUUGAAGUGAACUAAAUUGAACAAUAAUACAUCCAGCCCUGGUAGCUAUAGGUCUCUGUGUUACCUCAUAUAGAAAAGACUACAACCAGACUAGUUAUAGGGUUUGUUUGUAAAUUCACUCUGGAGUGCAAGAGUGCAGAAUUAGUAAAUUCAGAGCGUUUCACUCUUGGGCUAAUCAGAGCUCACACUGGACACUGGCGGUUAAUCAGAGCGUUCUGACCUAACAACGGCUGUCAAGCACCCAAGAUAACUGGCUACAGUUGACUAGCUUGCUAGCUACUUCCAGACACAAAUGAAACAACACCUCACUCUGACCAUUCACCAUAGCAGAGCUGGUUAGGAUGUUUUCAUGUUAUCCAGAGCAUUGGUGACUGUAAUUGUGCUGCUGACAACAAUAUAUUUACAUUUCUUUGCCACCGUUUACUGACACCGAUCAUAUUCAAUGGGUGCUCGUAAAUGAAUCAGUUAUUUUGGACUCUGGUACACUCAGACGAUGAGUGCUCUGGAAUAGGAUUAGAUAGUCAGAGUGAAUUUACUAACGCACCAAUAGACAUCAUAACAUUACAGCUCUGUUACCUUUUACAUCUUUAACUGUCAAUGUGAACAAGUCACAAUCUGGAGAAUGUAUCUGGUGGGCUGAUGUCAUCAGAAUGUGUAUGGUGGGUUGUGAUGUCAUCAGAAUGUGUAUGGCGGGUUGUGAUGUCAUCAGAAUGUGUAUGGUGGGUUGUGAUGUCAUCAGAAUGUGUAUGACGGGUUGUGAUGUCAUCAGAAUGUGUAUGGUGGGUUGUGAUGUCAUCAGAAUGUGUAUGGUGGGUUGUGAUGUCAUCAGAAUGUGUAUGGCGGGUUGUGAUGUCAUCAUAAUGUGUAUGGUGGGUUGUGAUGUCAUCAGAAUGUGUAUGGUGGAUUGUGAUGACAUCAGAAUGUAUUCGUGGACUGUGAUGACAUCAGAAUAUUGUGAUGUUUUAAUUGUUUGAAAUUCCCUUAUAAUCAAAAUGGUUUCUAGGAGAUGAUGGAUUCCUUAGCAACUGUUGCAAUAAAUUAUAGCUUGAUUCUA